AUGCCGAGAAGCAGCUUCGCCAAGGUUGACGUUGUUAUCGACACUGGUAACCCUUUGUUGGACCGUACUGUUGAUGGGUUGCUGCUACUAGAGGCUAGAGCUGUUGCUGAAGAUGCUUACCACAUUGCUAAGAAAGGAAGUCUUUCAAGCAAGGAUCUUGAACAUUCGCUGAAAAAGAUGUGCAAAGAAGGAGCAUACUGGGGAACCGUAGCUGGUGUUUAUACUGGGGUGGAAUAUGGACUAAGAAGGGCUCGUGGAACAAAUGAUUGGAAAAACGCUAUGCUUGCUGGUGCUUUGACUGGAGCUUUGGCAUCUGCUGUGACCAACGGUAACAAAGACAAAAUCGUGACAGACGCUCUUACAGGAGGUGCAGUCGCCACUGCUGCAGAAUUAAUCAACUAUCUCACUUGAUGAAUCAAGCUACCCAUAUCUGUUGUGUAUAGAGGGAAGAAAACAUCGUGCUUCUAUUCUUCCUUAGUUUUGAGGUUUUUUUGAAUAAUUGAACAUUAGAACUAGCACGAACGGAGUUUGUCAAUAAAAUUACCUUUUAUUUUUCAUAUUUAAUGUGAAACCUCAUAAUGAAUGCUGGACCAUUUAGUAUUA